AUGUUCUGGAUACUCUGGAUCGGGUGUCUUUUCAUUUCCAUUGGAAAUGGAGAAUCCAAUUCAGGAUCUAUGUCCACAGAUUACAAGGAACUAGAGAGUUUUUUUAAUAACUUAUUUUUCCAUGGAGGUGACGCAGACACUCUCUUGUACUUCGAAGGAGACAUGGAGGAUGUGCAUGGAGAAUUGGGAGACAAAGUGACGGUAGGGAUUAAACAGGGUCUCGUAAUUCGUGACAACUUUAAGAUAUCUUAUCCGGACAGCAACACCAAGCUUUGCUCAAUGGAACUGGAGAGCAAACAAGAAAUCUCCGUCGACAGCACCGGAAAAGUUGGGUUAAAACUGGACCAUUGCAGUCUACUCCUCCAAUUCAGCGUCUCCAACAAGACAGGAGUGACGAUCAAACCAGAAACGGUCCUCCUUAACAGUUGCACCGUGAGAAGAAACGACGGUUCUCUUUCUCCGUGGGGCCGGCAGGUGACCCAGGGGCUGUCCAAUCUGUUAAUGAGGAAGGCGGAAGAGUACCUCAACCAUCACUACAACUCUACAGAUUCCUUAUCUUUCGGUUACUUUAAACCAGAUCAUCCUACUGUGGAGGAGUAUAAAGACAUACUGGAUACGAUUUUAAUUAUUGUCUGAUGUUUUGAAUAUUUUUAAUCAUACAACUGUAGAGGAUAAGUAAGACCAUACGUUUAAUUGAUUUUAUGAAUAAAAACAAAUUUUCAACAAAUUAAACUGGCAACGUUUCGGCUAGAUUGCCAUUUUCAAGCCAUCUGUAACAGAAUAAAUGUAUAAAUUAACUUGUUAACAAAAUUCCAUCAGGAGUAUGAUUUAUAUAAUGUUGGGUUUAAGAAAUCAACGAUUAACAUCACUAUCACAUUAUGUUACAAGUAGUUUAUGUAUGAAAUUAAUCGCUAAUUAUGUCUUACAGACGACAUAGCCGAAACAUUGCCAGUGUAAUAAAAUAAAACCUUAUUGGAAUAAACACAGCAAGAACCUG